UAUCACGCGCGCGUUGGCAAUUUUUUUGUUCCGUGCUCCCGUGACCGGAGUGUAGUGACAGCAGUGUAUGUGCAAUGCCCGGACGGUGAUCGAAGCAUGGUGAACUACGUUAACCCGCUCGCCAUGUACCAAGGCAAAGGCGGGCAGUACGGUGCGAGCGGCUGGUACGGUUGGCAACCACAGAACUUUGAGGAGCAGCAGUGGUGCGCGUGGAACGGGGCGCCGGCCGGGGGAGAAUGGGUGCCGGAUCCUCACCAUUUUCCUAAACGGGAACCGGGGGAACGAGAGAUCGGGGAGAUGCCGUCGCCGGCGCGAGGUGACCUCGCGAGCCCCGGCGAGGGCUCGCCUGGCUCGAGGCCCUCACAGCCGCCGGCCGCGCCAAGAUCUCCUUAUGAGUGGAUGAAAAAACCCAACUAUCAGACACAAACGACGCCAGGUAAAACAAGAACGAAGGACAAAUACCGGGUGGUGUACAGCGACCACCAGCGUCUGGAGCUGGAGAAGGAGUUCCACUACAGCCGGUACAUUACGAUCCGGCGGAAGGCGGAGCUGGCCGCCAACCUGGGGCUGUCGGAGCGACAGGUAAAAAUCUGGUUCCAAAACCGGCGAGCCAAGGAGCGAAAACAGGUAAAGAAACGAGAGGAGGUCGUGAUGAAAGAGAAGGGUGAUCACGCGUCGCUCCAGCACGCGCAGCUUCACCACGCCACCAUGCUGCACCACCAGCAGAUGAUGAACGGCAUGAUGCACCACCACCACUACCACCAAGGCGUCCUGCAGGAGCCAAUCAUGCCCGGCGUGCCGCCCGUGCCUCUCCUGUGACCCCACCACGACUGUGCUCACUAUGACUACACCUAGUGACUUGUGAGGAUUGACUGUGAAUCACAAUUUUCUCUUCGCCAUGAUCUUUGUAUUGUGAUAAAUUAAGUGCAAUUUAAUGCUCUUGCGGGAAUUAUUAUAGUUAUGCCAGUAGGCAUGUUUGUAAAUCAUUAAUCGAAAUGCCUUUUUAGAUGUAAGUUUUCACGCUUUAACAACCAGGAGCAUAGAGCUUCAUCGGGUACGUUUGGACACGGGUUCUUUUUCCAGUGUGGAAACCAUUUUAAUCAGUGACAUAAGUUAUUUGUACCUACCCUAUGGUUAGAGAAACCGUAUUCAAAUAUUAAUAUACUCUGUUAGUUUGUGCUCAGAUCCUCGUUCGCGCCUCUAAGGUGUUUAUGGUCUGUCCGCGCCGUCAGUGCGGAUUAUUAUAUAAGAAUUGUAUGUAUAUCUUACCUCUUUCAAUAUUGAAAGAUGUAAAAAAUUGUAAAUAUAGAUGCCUAUAUUUUUUUAUUACAUAGUAUUAAUUUUUAUAAUCAUUUCUCAAAGCUACAACUGUUAACCGCGUGGUAGUUGAGAUUAUUAAUUACGUUCGUUUUAUUUAAUUGUUUUAGUUACAAGUUAUUGUCAUUUCACUAUCUUGGAUCAUUUAAGAUAGGUAUGAAAUCAUUGUAUUAAGUGAAAUUUAAUUUCAUCAUGAAUCUCUUGUAAGCUAUUUGUUAGGCCAGUACGACAGAGGUGGUAUCUAUAAAAUGUUUGGUGGGACAGUCCAGGGGCCCAUUUCUCGACCGAUGUUAGUCUAAUAUUACUAGUGUGUUGUCAUGGCAACCUAUACGAUUUGUCAGUUCGUGGACUAAUAAUAUUAGCCUAAUAUCGUUCGAGUAAUGGGCCCCAGUCGGCCGACUCCAGACAGCGGUAGACACAAGUGGCAAGGGUUCGGGGCAAGAGCCCCGUAAUGCCUCGGAAAAGAUCACGAGGACACAGGAUUGUUGUUUGGACAGGGUGCACUUAUGACUUAACCCAACUGACCUUGCCUUCUUUUAUGCUGCAUUUUUGGCCUUGAGUGGGUUGAGUUUAUUUAAAUGUCUCUAAAAGGCAUCACAAGUUUGUAAGUAUGUUUGGAUUGUUCAGUCGCCAUCAGAUAUCGGAGCGGCCAAGGUGCUCACAAAUGUCUGAACACGCCUUAGAGUAGGUAUCGGAAUAUAUUUGAUGGCGCGUACGAUUUGUACGAACGAAUUUUAUUUAAUAGGUAACUAUUUAAGACAUCUUUUAGAGGAAUUAUUGCCUUGACCAGGGCUAAUUUUGCGGAUUACUUUUAAGUUCAAUGAGAUUAUUCUUAGACGUAAAUUGUUCUGUAAAUAUAGUGUAAGUACAUUAGGUUAACUGUAUAGUAUACUAAUUUCAUAACUUAUCAAAAAAUAAGAAAAUAAUGUAAAUGAUUUUCAGUUUAAAUCAGUAAUGGUCCUUUAAUGAAACUAUUCAAACGUAAGUUUCCGUAUUAGCAUAGGCGUUUUGUUUUAAACGUGUUCAAUCAAAAAUGAACAAUCGAUAAUUUAUUUGAAUCAGUAAUUUGUUUGAAAACAGCCCAGUGAUUUGUAUAGUUUGUGCUUGUUGUAUUGGAGUUGUUGUAUUGAUGUUUGGCAGUUGUUUGUGACACAAAAAUUGUUAGUAUGUAUUACGCACCACAAUCACAACACGUUUGAUAAGCUAAAUAAAUUCAUGUUAAUCUAUA